GCAAAAAAAGAAGCAAACCAGCAAGCAAAUGCUGGAACAGUGACAUUUUCUUAACAAACAUACGUAAAUAACAAAAGAGCCACAAGCCGAAGCAGAGCGUGGACAUCAAAAGGGCCGCUCGCACACGUUGCACUUGCAUGACACGCCGCAUCAUACAGCAAACGAGCGAAAUGAGCAAAUGAAAUAACAACAUCAUACCGAAAAUUGUAUAAUACCAAUUGCGACUUUGUCAUUCGCUAUCAUUCAACGUCAGUCCGUCGAAUCGAGCGUGAAAACGUGCGUUCAAACUAAAGUUAACAACAAAAGGAAGAAAAAUACAAAAAACAGACUACUAAAUGUCCCACAUGGGCGCCAUAAGCUUGUACGAUGAGCCCGAAAUCAUGGAGGAGUUCAUCAGCUGUUAUCAGUACUUCACCGCCCUGUGGGACAGCAGCAGUCCCGAUUACCUAUCGAAGCAGAAGAAGGAGCCCGGCUAUCAGGAGCUAUUGAAGAUACUGCGCCGCGUCAACGGCAACUGUUCCAUUCAGGAUGUUAAGCGCAAGAUAAACUCGCUGCGCUGCUGCUAUCGUCGUGAAUUCAAAAAGGUACAGGAAUCCGUCAAUGGCUACCAGACGCGCCUCUGGUGGUUUCAUCUGAUGGACUUCCUCAAGCCGGUACUCAACAUUCAAUCGCCGGCCAGGGUGAAAUCCGAGAACGUGGACGAUAGUCUCGACGAGACCAGCAUUCAGGAUGCAGAUAUAAUGUCUGAUACCUUUAAUCACGAAGAGGAUAUGCUACGUAUUGAUGCCGUCGGUGAUGGCGAUGUGGAGCCGGAAGCCGAGCCUGAUAACGAUCCCGAACUGGAUAACAUGGAGGAUCAUGUUGAAGAUUAUCGGAACAAUUCUUCCGCGGAGAGCAUCACCGUAUCUUCGCACCUGCAGCAUAACGGAGAAUCGCAGACUUCGGAUAAAUCCGGCCGUCGUAUCCGCAGCCGUAGCCGGCGCAGUCGCAGUAGUAAUGACACCGAUUACGUCGACACGGCCAGAAAGCGUAGAAACGUGGAGACUUCGAAUCGAGAUAGGGACUGGCAUAGAGAGCGAGAGGGAAAGCAUGAAAGUGACAGCGAGUACGAGUGCGAGCUGAUGGGAAAACGGGUGGCCAGCCACUUCCGGCGAAUGCGUCCGGAUCAGCGACUUUUCGCCGAACGGAUCAUCAGCGAGGUGCUGGUCUACGGCCGAUUGAAUCGUCUCUCGUUCGAGGCCCAAUUUAGUUUGGGUCAAAAAUAAGUAAGACCAAACUGAACUUAACUAAACUAAAACUCAAUUCGCAUAUGCGAAUUCGAUUGAAAACGUAUGAACUUAAUAACUAUUUUAAAAUAAACCUUUAACGAUCAAUAUAUGCAUUUUAGUUCUUUUAUUUGGAAAAAUGCAUAAUAAUAAAGGACAAAAUGUAUUUUUUUUGCUUGAUAAAAUUGUUAUGGCAUUAAUUAAUAAUGCGUGAGUAACAUAAAAAUGUAAUUAAGUUAAGCUGAAAAAUCGACAAUAUUUUUAAGUUUUCAUAGUCUAAGUGAAAAUAUAGCAAGAAUGCAAACAAUACAAAAAUGCAGAAAUGGCAAAUGUAAAGCAAAAACGGCUAAAAGCGAAAAUGAGGUAAAAGGGAAGUAGAAGAAAAGGGCAAAACAAAAAGGAUGAAAGCAAAUAAAGGAACCAGUUGUUAUUCAUUUUAAA